AUGCCUGACAGCACGGCGGAGUGUACGGCCGCCCACUUCCUCUCGGGGUGGGUGUUAAACUUCGGGGCGCCGUUCACCAUCAUCACCGACCACCAGGGGGUGCAGUUUGAGUCUCAUGCCUGGGGUGAGCUCAUGGCCUUCCUCGGCACGUCGCGCCAACGCACCACAGCCUAUCAUCCACAGGCCAACGGGAUGGUGGAGCGCUUUCAUCGGCGUCUCAAGGAGGCGAUUCGCGCCCUCCUCCAUCCUAGUGGCUGGGUUGACGCCCUCCUGGUCAUCCUGCUGACCUGGAGGGCCACUGAGAAGGAGGACUUGCAUCACACGCCGGCGGAGCUGGUCUACAGGGAGAACUUGAGGCUUCCUGGCCAAUUCGCGGCACCUGGGCCACCCACGGGACACGCUCUGGCCUUCCCUCCGGUGUUGCGGCAGGCUAUGGCGAACCUCCGGCCCACUCCUCCUCGCCCCACCCACUUCCCGGCAGACCUCAGUGACGCGGCAGCUGUCUUCCUGAGGACUGGCUCUACCAGAGGGCCUUUCCAGGCGCCGUAUGGGGGCCCAUAUCGUGUGCUGCACAGGGGCGAGAAAUACGUCACCCUCGAGAUUAAGGGCCGUCCGUACGUCGCUUCGUGGGACAGGGUAAAGGCGGCUCACCUGUCUCCUGCUCCGCCCACGGCGCCGCUCCUGCUCCCACAGCAGCACUUUCCUCCCGUGGCGGAGCCCUUGCGCCUUCCUCAUCCCAGGGAGGUGGCACCGUGCUGCCUGCCGCCGCGGGCCGCCACCGCGGGGAUCCCCUCCUCGUCAGGGCCGGCGUCCUCACCUCGCCCCCUGGCAGACCAGGACCCGCCGGCAAGCCCCCAACCACCACCACCCACCCCGCCUGUCUCCCAGCCCCCAUCUCCUCCUCCUGUCACUUCUCCCGACGUCAUGACCCGCUUUGGCAGAGUCAGUCGCUCCUCCGUUGAUCUCUGUUCCCACACUCUGACCUCAUAUCCAUGCACUGCCGGCUGCGUCACGGUGCCCAUCCUUGCACGCCCACACCCUCUCCUGGCCACCCUUGCACGCCCACACCCUCUCCUGCCCAUCCUUGCACGCCCACACUCUCCCCAGCCCACCCUUGCACGCCCACAUGCUCCUCCAGCCUAUCCUUGCACGCCCACACCCUCUCCUGGCCACCCUUGCACGCCCACACCCUCUCCAGCCCACCCUUGCACGCCCACACCCUCUCCUGCCCAUCCUUGCACGCCCACACCCUCCCCAGCCCACCCUUGCACGCCCACACGCUCCUCCAGCCUAUCCUUGCACGCCCACACCAUCUCCAGCUCACCCUUGUACUCCCACACCUUCCCCAGCCCAUCCUUACACGCUCACACCCUCCCCAGUUCACCCUUGCACGCCCACACCAUCCCCCAGCCCAUCCUUCCACACCCACAUCCUCCUGCAACCCACACUAGUACGCCCACACAUUCCUACAGCCCACCCUUUCACGCCCACAGUCUCUUGGUCCAGCAGUGCACGCCCACAAUGAUCCCUGCUCCUUUAAACUGCACGUCACAAUUCUCAUGCAUCGUUAUUCGCUUAAUCCAACAAUAUCGUUCUUUACAUCCGAGCUGGGUCGCGGCGGAGCAGGCAGUGGCGGCGGCGCUGUGA